AUGCCGCCACCUCUUCUUCAGAAGGCAUCUCCGCCACCACCACCACCACCACCACCACCACCAGCAUCACCGGCGAGGGAUGCGACGAAUGGACACUCCGCGACUGUUGGCGGGGCGACAUCCGCUCUCUUUGCAGAGAUUUGCACUGGUGGUGACAACAUUACAGCACAACUGCGUCACGUAGAAGAUCACGAAAAGGCGUACAAACAGAACGUCCAGCACGGCGCGGUAGACUUCUCUGGUCUCGAGAAGAAGAAGGCCGAGGCAGAUGCAAGGCGUCAACAGCAGGGUAGAACUGCGGCCGCUGUUGCCGCAGAGGAGCCUGUGUUGCAUCUUGAGGGCGAUAAGCGCUGGGUGGUGAAGUACCACAGGGGAACACCUACUGUACAGAAAAAGGUAACACUUGACAAGGUAAGCAUGCGGCAAGCCGUACAGAUUUUCAACUCUGAAUAUCUCAUGGUUGAAAUCAAAGGCAAGGUCAAUUCUGUCUCUGUCGUGUCCUGCAACAAGGUGCAGGUUGUGAUGGACAGUGUGGUGUCCUCGCUGGAGGUUCUGAAGUCGGGAGACAUCGACGUGAAGGUGCAUCGUGCCGUCCCAACCGCCUCCGUGGAGAAGAGCACGUCGGUAAACCUGUACCUUAUGGACAAGGAUGAGGCGCUUAACACGGAUAUCUUUACUGCCUGCAGCUCCGCAGUCAAUCUCAACUUUCCCUCGGAGGAAGACGCCACCGACAUCAUUGAGCGGCCGCUGCCAGAGCAGUUCGUCUCCAAAAUUGUGCGUGAUAAAAGGGGUGGAUUCAAGAUUGAGACCAAACCCAGCGAAAUCACCUAA